UAUAACCUGUCAUUUGUGAUUGGUCUCGAGCCCCGGAAAUGUAUUAAAUCACAUUUAACGCAAUUUCAUCUUCCUCCUCUGCUCUUCCUAUUCCUCCUCAGGUCUCAGAAGCCCAUGACCUCCACCCAGAAGCCACACUUUUUCAGGAUCAUACACCCGUCGUUUCUUACACAUGGAUACCCUGGAAUUCCUCAGAUUUUUCUAAAAGAAUAUGGAAACAGUCUCUCAAAUUUUGUGUUCCUCCACCUUCCCACUGGCGCUGAAUGGCGAAUAGAAUUGUUGAAACUCCAUGAUGAGGUUUUGUUCGGCAGUGGAUGGCAGCGAUUUGCUGACUUCUAUUCUAUAAGAUAUGGGCAUUUCUUACUGUUCAGAUACGAAGGCAGUUCCCAUUUCCAUGUGCUUAUAUUUGAUAUGACCGCUUCUGAGAUUGAAUAUCCAUACGCUACUGCUCCCAAUCACUACCACAACCAUCAUAAAGUUUCUGUUGAGAGUUUGGAUGAUUUCCCAUCCUCCAAAACAGCAAACUAUAUGGACAUGAUCGAUAUUACCUCUAGUGAAGCAGUGUUCUACCCUAAUGGAGCAAGCAGCUUGCCAAAAGUUGAGGACAUUCAGGGUGAUUUUCCAACCACCCACAAAACAAGGGAGAUAACAAGAAACAAUCCUUCUUUUAAACCUCAUAACGCUUGCAGUUCCCACCACUAUCAUUCCUCCAUCCCAAUUUCUAGGGGUAAGAAAUGUUUGCCGGAGUUUUUACUUUGUCUUUGAUUG